CCUCUGCCAACACUAACACCUCCUCCAUUUCCAAUUUUUCAUCUCCACUUUUCACUUCACUCUCUCCCUGUUUCUAACAAUGGCGGGCUCUCUACUGCCGUUAUUAGUCAGGGCACCAUUAAACCCUAGUAAUCGUCUCUUUACUAAUUACCCCUCAUUCAUCACAUCAUCAUCUUCUUCUUCUUCUUCUUUGAAUAUUUCUUUAAAACCUACAUUUCCUUCCUCUGUCUCUAAACUCAAUUUAUCUCUCUAUAAUCCAUCUCUUAAUCGAAGGUUGAAACCAAAUUAUGCCCUGGAUUCUGACACUCCUUUCAUUUCUAACCAGGGUUCUGAAAAGAUAAAAAAUUCUCAGGAAUUUGAAGAAUGGGAUUCAUUAACAGCAAAAUUUGCUGGUGCUUCAAACCUCCCGUUUUUGUUACUUCAGUUACCUCAGAUCAUUCUCAAUUCCCAAAAUCUCAUUGCUGGGGACUAUUCUGCACUUUCUGCUGUUCCCUGGCUGGGAAUGCUAACUGGUUUGCUGGGAAAUGUUUCUUUACUUUCGUAUUUUGCCAAGAAGAAAGAGACAGAAGCUAUUGUGGUUCAAACAUUAGGAGUUAUCUCAACAUAUGUAGUGAUUGUUCAACUUGCCAUGGCUGGAUCUAUGCCUUUGCCAUUUUUUAUAGUGACUUCAGCUGUUGUUGCAGCGGGUUUGAGUUUGAAUUUUAUGAAUUAUUUUAAUUGGCUUCAUCCUGGAAUUUGGCUGUUUUGGGAAGAUUUAACUACAGUUGGUGGACUCUCUGUUCUUCCUCAAGUUAUGUGGUCGACUUUUGUUCCUUACAUUCCAAACAGUAUUUUGCCUGGGUCUAUCGCUUUUGUAAUGGCUAUCACUGCUGUCAUUAUGGCACGGACAGGGAGACUUUCAGAGAAAAACGUCAAAACUAUUGGGUCACUAUCUGGAUGGACUGCAACUCUUCUCUUCAUGUGGAUGCCAAUAGCUCAGAUGUGGACAAGUUAUCUGAAGCCUGAGAACAUCAAAGGUUUAUCCGCUAUCUCAAUGUUGCUUGCCAUGAUUGGAAACGGUCUUAUGAUCCCACGUGCACUCUUUAUUCGGGAUCUCAUGUGGUUCACAGGUUCAUCCUGGGCAUCGGUUCUGCACGGUUGGGGGAACCUUGUGUGUAUGUACUGCUUCAACAGUAUUAGCAAGGAAUUUUUCUUGGCUGCAACACUUGGGUUAUACACUUGGAUAGGAAUAGGUCUAUGGAAAGACACCAAAGUUUAUGGGUUUAACUCACCAUUGAGAUCCUUGAAGGAGUUGCUCUUUGGCCCUUGAUUCCUUGCCAAAACAUGCAAUUAUCAUCUGAUGCUUACUCAAAGAUAAAAACUGAAAUUGCUCUGCUAGCGACAUAAUUCAUCUGGUGAAAACUGCCUCUGACAAACUGAGUGAACAAAAUGGAAGCGCUCAUCCAAAAUUCGUCUUCCACAGACAUCCUUUCCGGGAGAGUUCUCGGCUGUCCAUGUAUGUCAUUACAGAGUUUGGUUAAUUAUUGUGCUACAGAUUAAUUAAUAUCUUACCUGUAGUUUUUACUUUUUAGCACGAGUAAUAUAUUGUAUUUGGUUAACAGUGGCAAUAAAGGACGAUUGACUCUUACACGGAACCAGUUUUGUGCGUAA